AUGCUUUUAACAAUCUUUUUUAUCAAUCUUUAUAGUGAGGGAACAUUAUAUUCCACCUCUUUCUAUCGCUAUCACUCUCAAUUUUCCUUUCUUCCUCCUCCUCUCUCUCUCUCUCUCUCUCUCUCUCUCUCUCUCUAUCUAUCUAUCUAUCUAUCUAUCUCUUUCGGUCUUAAAUAUUUGCUACUCUGCCUCUCUUUUUCUUUUUUCUUUCUUUUCUUUCCUUUUACUUUCUCUCUUUCUCUGAAUAACUCAUCCUCCUCUCUUAAAAUUCCUCCUCAUACUCUCCUACUUGUUACUCUCUCUAUCUUCUCUCUUUUUUCCCCCUUUCUCUCUCUUUCUCUUAAUCAUUCCUUCUCCCUUAAAAUUGUCUUUACUCUCCUACGUAUAAUGCGAAAAGUCGCUACUUCCUCUUCCUCUCUCUUUUUCCAGCGUGUGCCUUCCCCCCCCUCUCUCUCUCUCUCUCUCUCUCUCUCUCUCUCUCUCUCUUAA